GGUCUUCCUGUUUUAUUCGAUCAUGAUUGGUUCUGGCAGGAAAGGUCAGGAUUGGUCCGCCACGCUUGUCCCGCCCACCUGGAAGAACACAGACCGUUAAACCGGGUCCACAGGACCGGACCGGGUCCACAGGACCGGACCGGGUCCACCUGUGUGCGUCGUACCCGACACGAAGGCCACCUUCUCCCGGAGCACCGUGAGGACGUCGACGGCCCGGACGCACUCGGCUCGACCAGAACCUGAGAGGAGGGCGGCGACGCGGUGGUCGCACCGUGAUGACGUCACGACGUCGCGUUGCCGUAACAACAAGGACAGCGUCGCUGCUACAAGCUAACCGAGCGCGAGGCGACGCACUGUCUUCAGUUGGUGGAGGAGAAGAAGGAGAAAAAGGAGGUGAAGCUGAUGGAGGAGGUGAAGCAGGAGGUGACGGAGCUCAGGAGGCAGCUGGAGGAGGAGGAGGAGCUGGACCCGGAGCAGAGAGUCCGGGUCCUGAACCGCGGCUUAACCAAGGCGCUGCAGACAGACGGCGGUGCGUCCCGCUUGUAUCUGACCGGCGUCCUGAGCCACUGCGUCCUGCUCCUGUCUCAGGCUCCCAGAAUGCAACGGGGCAGCUGGGACGCCGCUGCCACGCUGGCCCAGCUCACCAGUUCCUGUUGCAUCAAGGUGCAUCCUGGGAGACACUCGGAGGCCUUUCAUAGGUUGUUCCUGCCUUCACUCAUGGACGGCCUCCUCUCAUUGGCCAGUCAGCUGAUAAGGCGGGCAGAGGGCCUGUCUCUCUUCAGGAAGGUGAUGGACUCAGUGGGCUGGCUGCUCAGAUCUCACACCUGUCUCACCACCCAGGUCCUCAGCUCUUUCCACUACGAGCUGAUCCAGAUGUGUGAUGAUGUCACUGUGUCUCUGCUCUGUGUCCAGAUGUGGACUCAGAGCUGCACAGCCAGCAGGGACUUCCUGUCUGAGUUGAGCGAUGACUCCGCCCUCUUGCUGCUCAACGAGGCCGUCGGCCUAUUGGCCGUGAGCUCCGACUCUUUAGUGGGCGGGGCCUCCAUCAGACUGAUCCUCUUCAUGGCCAAUCAGCAGGAGCUUCGGGUGCAGCCCCUCCUCCUCAGCUUCAGAGGUCUGGACAGCCUAUUGGAUAAAGACUGGCGGGGGCGGGGCUUUGACCCGGACGUGGAUCAGCUGAUUGCACUGAUCCAAUCAGACACCAGGAAGUUUCCACAGGUGUCGAAUGAGCGCGUGCGGGCGGCGUGCUUGAUCCAGGCGGCCUGGAAGUCCUAUCAGACGAGACGCAGGGCAAAGAGCCUGAGCAGAGCGGUCAGCACGCUGCAGAGGAGAUACAGGACUCGCAGGAGGAGGCAGCAGCAGCAGGAGGAGGAGCAACGAUGGGAGGAGGAGUUGAAGUAUCAGGUGUGUGUGAGGCGUCAGCAGGCAAGAAGGAAGUUCCACCAGAAACAGAGACAACUGCUGCAGCUACUUCCUCCUGACCAGGUGCAGCCGUACCUGCAGGAGUGUGAGCGUCGGGCGGCCGUUGUGAUCCAGAGCUCCUGGAGAGGGUUCAGAGAGAGACGACGCUACAACAACAACAACAACAACAACAACACACAGAGGCACACACACGCACGGCAGCAGGCCGCCAGGACGCUGCAAAGAGCGGUGCGUCGCUUCCUGCAGAGACGACGAGCAGCGCCGGCUCCGCCCACCAGCUCCUUCUGGAUUGGUCAGCGGGGCUUGACGGAGAGCCGGAGGGCGGAGCUACGCAGACAGGUGGAGGAGCACGUCGCUCAGCAUCCGUCGACCCGCGUGUCGCGGCAGGAGCGCGAGCGUCUCCACGAGGAGGUGCAGCUGCUGCUGCUGGAGGAGCUGCAGAGAGGAGGCCAGAGGAGGAGGGAGGAGCAGCGGGUGGAGGCUCUACUGGCUCACACACACACACAGCUGGAGCUGCUCCGAGAUGCCCCGCCCCUCUCCGUUGUCACCACAACGGACGCCGACUCCUUCCUGAGCCCCUCGGGUCUCGUUGCCGCUCGCGCCCGCGACUCCCACAAUGCAGCGCUGCAGGCGAGCAGGCUGCCCUGGUGGAGGCUCCAGGAGACGGCCGGCGGCGUCCACACGUUUAGCCCCGCCCACCUGCAGGAGCUGGAGGCGGAGCUCGGAGGACUGUUUGUCGGGGGGUGGGGGGGCAGUGAGGUGGACUGAACCCUGACCCUGAAGACUCGAGAGUUCCCCUCCCAGGACCAGAGGAGGCGGGGCCACCAGGCAGAGGCCAUUGGCCUGUCUCUACUGACCCCGGGUCAGACCUGAAGGAGUCUCCAGGACCUUCAGCAGGAAACAUGGACAUAGCAAAGACAAUGGACUUGUACUUGUACCAGAAGGUCUUACAACACAAUUACAUCUUGUAAAAUGAUGUCAAUAAAAUAAAAUGAACACA